AACAUGUUUUGACUGUCAUUGUCAUACUCGUAAUCAAAUUGACAAUUAACUUUGUCAAAAACUCAAAACUCAAAUUGUCAAUGUCAAAUCUCAAUCUGUCAAACAAAAUGGCGUCUUUGUCGAGCUUGUUACCUGCCCCCGUACAACCAGUAUGGGAUCGGGAUGACGAACAGAGGACGAAACUUGUGGGUAGUGGAGUUGUGGUGUCCCAAACAAGUGUUCCGCCUUAUGGUCAGAGAAAAGGAUGGGUCCCAAGGGCAGAAGAAGAUUUUGCAGAUGGAGGGGCAUUCCCAGAGAUCCAUGUGGCCCAGUACCCGCUGGGUAUGGGUGCGAGGGGUAAAGAGAGCACAUCAAAUGCAUUAGCUGUGCAGUUGGAUGAGUCAGGAAGAGUGAAGUACUCUGCAAUAGCCAGACAAGGUCACAGUGCUGAUAAGAUAAUCUACUCAAAAUUAACAGACCUACUGCCAUCAGAAGUAUUAGCAGAAGAUGAUGCCACUCUACAGAAGCCUACGGAAGACGACAUUCAGGACAUCACUGAGAAGACAAAGCAGGCUCUGGAGAAACUCACCAACGCUAAGAUAUCAGCUGCUUUACCUGUGAAGGCUGCUCCAAAAGCUGCACCGGCUCAGUACAUUCGCUACACACCGGCGCAGCAGGGCGGCGCGUUCAACAGCGGAGCCAAACAGAGGGUUAUUCGCAUGGUGGAGGCGCAGUCGGACCCGCUGGAGCCGCCGCGCUUCCAGAUCAACCGCAAGAUCCCGCGCGCGGCGCCGUCGCCGCCCGCGCCCGUGCUGCACUCGCCGCCGCGCCGCGUCUCCGUCAAGCAGCAGCGCGACUGGAAGGUGCCGCCCUGCGUGUCGCACUGGAAGAACGCCAAGGGUUACACAAUACCCUUGGACAAGCGUCUAGCCGCGGACGGUCGCGGUCUCCAGCAGGUGCACAUAAACGAGAACUUCUCCAAACUGGCCGAGGCGUUGUACAUAGCUGACAGGAAGGCCAGAGAGGCUGUUGAAGCGAGAGCUCAACUCGAGAGGAGAUUGGCGCAGAGGGAGAAAGAGAAGAAGGAGGAGCACUUGAGGAUGCUAGCGCAACGGGCCAGGGACCACCGAGCUGGUAUACGGAACCCUGAUGAGGAGGGUGUGGAGGAGGGCGCUGGGCCCGUGCCGGAGGGCGAGCUGUCUGCUGCUGAACGAGAGAGACUCCGCACAGAUAGACAUAGAGAGAGGCAACGGGACAGGAACUUAGCACGUGCCGCGCCUGACAAGAGAUCGAAGCUGGUGAAGGAGCGCGAGCGCGACAUAUCUGAACAGAUCGCACUGGGGCUGCCCGCCAAAACCAACCAGGGCGGAGAGGGCAUGUUCGAUCAGCGACUCUUCAACAAUAGCCGGGGCAUGGACAGCGGUUACGGCGACGACGAGGCGUACAACGUGUACGACAAGCCGUGGCGCAACCAGGACACGGUGGGCGCGCACAUCUACCGGCCCGCGCGCAACGCCGACAAGGACAACUACGGCGGCGACCUCGACACCAUCGCCGCCACCAAGCGUUUCGUGGCAGACAAAGGUUUUGCCGGCGCCAGCAGCACCAACACUCGCUCGGGACCCGUCAACUUUGAGAAGGACGGCACCAGAGAGGAACCUCCCCGGAGCACGCAGCCCGAGGCGGACUUUGACCCGUUCGGUCUGGACCGGUUCUUGAGCGAGGCCAAGCGCGCGGACAAGUCGGGACGCAAGAGAGACCACCACGAGCCGCACGCCAAGAAGCGACGCGACUAGCGACACAUAUAUCAGAUGUUACCAUUCAUUGCCUUCAUUUUAUGAAAAAGGACCUACUUUACUCAGUUUUAAAGUCUAACAUGCUACAUUGUUAAUAGGUGAAAAUAAUUACAAAAAAUACAGUUUACUAGAAAUCAGAUGAAAUUAAGCUUAAAUGAAAGGACAUUAGGUCUAAUUUACCUUGACGUUAAGACUUUGCUAUAGUGUGACGAAAGUUAGUUUAUCAUCCACGUCACAUGUUUUUGAACGGACUAUUUUGUAAUAGCAAUAAAUAUUUGUAAUUUAAGUUAGUUAAUAAAUGUAAUAAAGUUUUAUUUGUAUAAAA